UAUUCUGAUCUUGACUUUCAAGCGCCUGUGCGAUCAAUUGACAUUGACAACGAACUUGGAAACUGAUUUUGGACGCUUUCUCUUGCAAUAUGACAGCCCUAAGUAUGGGCGCUUUUGGCGCCUAUCGAUUACAGUACAGUAAAUAUUUAAAAGAACAAGACGAGAGGGCGAGGAAAGAAAGUGAAGAUCCAGAAACUGUGUGGGUAACAAAACGUUAUAUUCCAACAGAUUUACGGACAACUGCACCAGUCCCUAGACACAAGUUAUUAGCUCCAAAAGAACUUCCAUUUCCAGACCGGCACUGGGUUCCCCCUACAGAUCCACCACUUAGAGGUUUUGAACGGAAAACGCUUCCAGUCAUUUUUAGAUCUCAUCCAAGUACAAGAUCUGAACAAUAUUCAACACUUCGACAAAUGUUGCCAUCAAAGGGAAGUUAUGGUACAUUUCCACCUCCUCGCUGGGGAACUGGAUGUGGUGUUCCAGUGGUGUAUGAAGAGCGUCCUCAAAAGAGAUUUCCAAUCAUAAAUAGUCCAAUGACAAUGUACGUAGAUGAGAUGCAUACAACCAACAAAUUGUUCAAGUUGCAUUAGAAAAGGAGAAGAAUUCUUACUCGAAAACAAAAAUGGGAAUUUAAAUGAUGGCUUCGUUAUCAUAUAGUUAUCUUCCAUGACUGAACCAAACUUUAUCGUUUUCCUUAUGCAAUCAUGAAAAGUUACUAUUUUAUUCCAUACCAGUAUUCAUUGUGUGCUAGAAGAUCUCUUGUAAUUAUGAAACCAUUCAGUAUUAUGUCAUGAAAUAUUGUUAUUAUUGUUAAUAAUUGUUUGUUACAUGUCUUUCUUGAUAGAUAUAUUUUUGAUAGAUGUUUUAUCACAUUUUAUAGAUACACUGCGUUUGAAAAUCCCAUUGCUUUCUUUAUGUUUUUUACUACAAUUUAAAUAGAGUGAAAUACCGUAAAUCGUUCUUUUGAUUAAUUUACAUGUAUGACAAGGCCAAUUGAUAGAUGGUCCCAAUGAAAGUAUGUACAAUAGAAACUCUGUUCCUUACAAUUGAAACUUGUCAAAUUUUAACCAUGACAACAGACGAGAGAAAGUGCGACUAUUUGUGCAUUACAGAAAAUGAAAUCUCAAUGGUGUUUUUAGGCAUGGUGUAAGUGUUUUUCACAGUAUUACUAUAUAUUCAUUAGUCACUUCAGUAUUAGUGUAAACAGUAUUUAAAGUCUUGCUCAAAUCUUUUUGUUAUGCAAUACUUAUUUGUUAUUAAUGUUUUUGAGAGUUUAACAUACCAUUGUUAUUUAUAGAUUUCCAUGUUUUUGCAUAAUCUGCUGUCAUAAUAAAAUCAAUUUUAAAUGUC